AUGCGUUUUGUUGCUUUCCUCGCUGCCGCGGCCAUCGUGCCCCAGGCCAUGGCUCACUACGUCUUCCCUGCCCUCAUCGUCAACGGAGAGGAGACGGAGCGCUACGAGUUUGUCCGCGCGUCCACGAACUCCAACUCCCCCGUCACGGACGUCACCUCGGACGGGUUCGUCUGCAAUAUCGGCGCCAACGAUGCCAGCGUCCUGGCUAAGACCAAGACUAAGGCCGUCAAGGCUGGCGAUGAGAUCGGUUUCACUGCUGAGAGCGACAUCAGCCACCCUGGCCCCCUCGCCGUCUACAUGUCCAAGGCCCCCUCCGGCGUCGCGUCCUACAAGGGCGAUGGCGACUGGUUCAAGGUGUACGAGCUGACCACCUCGGACAUCACCUCCGCCGGCCUCCAGUGGGCCUCCGACGGCCUCCGCAACUUCACCUUCACCCUCCCCAAGGAGGUUCCCACUGGCGAGUACCUCGUCCGCGUCGAGCACACCGCCCUCCACGCCGCCGGCUCCAAGGACGGUGCCCAGUUCUACAUCUCCUGCGCUCAGAUCUCCGUCACCGGCGGCGCCUCCGGCACCCCUACGCCCACCGUCAAGAUCCCCGGCGUCUACACCGGCGAGGAGCCCGGCAUUUUGAUUAACCUGUACUACCCUGUCCCCACGAGCUACACUCCCGCCGGACCCGCCACCUGGCCCAACAAGUGCGUCGACCACACCGGCAACCUCGCCGGCCAGACCUCCGACGGCGACUGCACUGGCGACGCCGGCGCCACCACCCCCGUUGCUCCGGCUCCCUCCAACGGUACUGCUCCCGAGACUCCCUCCAACGGCACUACUCCCGAGGCCUCUGACGAGGGCUGCGAGGCUGCUGCCGCCCGCCGUCAGGCCCGCUCCAUGCGCCGCCGCACCACUCGCCUUGCCCUCUAA